UUGUUUCCCUUGCCUUCCGUGAAAAGGGAGAACGUAACCAAAAAAAAGGGUUUGAUGUUCUAUAAAUCAACAAAAAUUUGCACACAAAAUACCUCUAUUUUACUGGAGAUUCGUUUUCUUAAUUUUGCACAUACAUAGUAAUAUAUAUUUUUAGCAAAUACCACAAGCACAAGUAAAUAUGGGAGACGAGGAUGUAAUUCGUAGAAGACUGCUUAUUGACGGAGAUGGUACUGGAGAUGAUAGAAGACUGAAUGUUCUUUUGAAGACAUUGAUAAAAUGGUGCAAUAGUACAGACGAAAAACCUGAAGAAAGUAAAGCCACUCAUGAUCGUAUGCUCGCCCAGUUAGCUCAGUGUGAAUUUGCUGUUACUAAGUCGCAGCUAGCAUCAGAUAUGAUGGCAGCAGAGCUCAAAAGCUACGAAGCACUAUCGGACAUACUGGAAACGGGCAUAGAAGUUGCUAAGGGCAAUAUUGACAAAAGUAAAGCUGAUCUUGCUCAAGCCAAGACUGUACGUAAGAAUCGCAUUGAGUAUGAUGUACUAGCAAAAGUAAUAAGUGAACAGCCAGAUAGAAAAGCGACUUUAGAUCAGUUGAGCACUCUUAAAAGUGAACUAGCGAAUUUGGAGUCGUCUAAACAUCAACUGGAGAGUCGGUUGGCUCUAAGAAAAAAACAGUUUCAUGUCCUUGUUACAUCGAUACAUCAGUUACAAGCUUUAUUAGAUGAACCUGAUGAUACUGAGUCACUUUCUGAUGAUGUGGAAAUGAAAGAAGUUACAAGUGAUGCCUAGUUAUUUCUAUAGAAUUAAGAAAAGUGAUACUUUAAGUCAUC